AUGGAGCUUCUUCACCUCGCAAAGAGGAGUGGACGGUCAGACACGUGCGACAACGUGGGCUGGAGUUUGCAGGCCCCGCUGAGCACGCAGCAGACUGAUAAUGGAGUUGGAAGGGCUGCGGCCGCCAGAGCUGCCCUGUGCCGCCAGCCGCCCUGCAGGGCCACCCAAAGGGCGGUAGAGGCCACGACUCUCCCUCCGCCACCGUAUCCCCCUUCUCCCUCUUUCCAGCAACAAGUGGCAGCGGCACUGGACGUUGGGAUUCAGCCCGGCAGCUUCCUCCAGGGACCUCUCAGGACUGAAGAGAAGGGAGCGGCCUCGGAGCAGAAGAAAGCGUGCAGCUGCUGUGCCCCCGAGCUGGAGACCUCCUUCAUCUACGUGGAUGAGAACGUCAACCUGGAGACGUGCCCCCAGAAGCCCUUGCCGGCCAAGACCUGCAGCCUCCGGGGAGAGGUGGGCAGGGCAGGCCUGCCCGAGUGGUCCCGGGAUGCGUCCGCGUCCCUGAUGUCGGAGGACGAGGACGACCUCGGCUCGGAGGCCGCGGGGAAGUCCGUAGACUAUGGCUUCGUUAGCGCCAUCCUCUUCCUGGUCACCGGCAUCUUGCUGGUGAUCAUCUCCUAUGUGGUGCCCAGGGAGGUGGCCGUGGAUCCGAACACCGUGGCCGCCCGGGAGAUGGAGCGCCUGGAGCGGGAGAGCGCCAGGAUCGGCGCCCAUCUGGACCGCUGCGUCAUUGCCGGGCUCUGCCUCCUCACCCUGGGGGGUGUCGUGCUCUCCUGCUUGCUGAUGAUGUCCCUGUGGAAGGGGGAGCUGUAUAGGCGCAGCCGGUUUGCCGCCUCCAAAGAGUCGGCUAAACUUUAUGGUUCUUUCCACUUCAGGAUGAAAGCUGGCCCCGGUGAAAACACCCUGGAGCUGUCCCUGGUGGAGGAAGAUGCCCUCACCGUACAGAGCUAAUGAAGGCCACCCGUGUCUUGUAUUUAAAGGAGAGAGCGAUGGGGGUUCACCCUCGUGCCCCCGGGGAGUGCCUCUCCCCCUCUCCUCCAGUUUCCAUAAGGGUGUGAACCAGCCCCGGUAUUCCUACAGAAGAGGACGUUUCCCGGAAGUAAAAUACUUCAGUGAUGUGGUUUCUUGCUUGAAGAAAAACAAAAGAGUGUUUUUACCAGAUGAACGGCCAGUUUGCGAUCGUUUCAUUUUGUGGGCAUUUUCCCUUCAGGAGAAAAGUCAUGAGGGAGUUAUGGAAGAAAAUAAAAUGGAGGACACUCUCCUUCCUCCCAGAGCCACGCUAAAACACCAAAUAAUCGGUAAUGAACAGGUGGUUAUUUUCUUUUCGUCAAAAUAUUUCUUCUAACAAGCCCGGUCUUGUUCCUUUAAAAGGGAACAUUAAUGUCCUGCCACCAAGUUUUGUAUUAUUGCUACCUACGUGCAGAAUAUGAAUUAUCUACAUGGUGACAACGGAUCUGACUGGUAAUUAGUAAGUCUGUCAUUCAAUCCUCUCAAGACAGUCUUUUUCAUUGUGAACAUCCCCCUUUCUCUACUUUUGCAUACCAGUAACAAAGGGGUUUUGGCCUUUUAGCUUUUUGGGUCUUUUUUGUAAUUAAAACCAGUUCUGGAUAUUCUGAUGAAAAGAAACUUUCAGCAAGAAGCGAUUACUUAUCGAGUGGAGUGAGCAAAAACGCAGGUAGGGUGGAAGGAAGAAAACCGAAUGAAAAUAACACACAUCUCUCCACCUCGGGGGUUCCCAGGUUGAGAGUAGGCUCCUCUAGCCCUGAUAGAAACAUAUUUCACCUUGUUCAGUGGCCAAAUUAAAAUGAGUUGUUGGUCUCAGGCAAGUUCUUAAGGUGCAGUUUCCCUACAGUUCGAGUCACCAGCACUCUUGCGGAUUUUAUGAGGAAUCCUACCUUAAAGAUCAAGCAGUAGAUAAUGCGGUGGAAAUCACCUUAGCCAAGAUCUCUGCCUAAGAUUCACUUCAUCUUUGCAUCUGGCCAAAUUUGUAAACUUUGAGGAUAGCAACAAAAUGAGACCCUUGAAUUGCUGAUUCUGCACAAUUUAUGAGUACAGCAUCAGAUUUUGAUUGGAAAGCAUGUUGCCAGAUUUUUGCUGAAGCCCUGAGGCUUUCUCCAGCCUGGGCAGGAGGCAGUCAAAAUGGAAAUGUUGUUGCUGCUAGAGAGGAAGGAAUUACAUAGUAGUCUGAUUGGUUCACCCACAGGUAUGUCCUCAGCUCUUAUGAAUUGCUUGAUUUAUCUGUAAAAGAAACGAAUGCAUUAGCAGAUUUCUUUAGGGAAGAUGCACGUCCUACUGGAA